AUGCGUGCACUUCCACCGGAAAUUAUUACGAAAAUUACGAAUAAACUAGAUCCAAUAGACCGCCUUAUAGCUCGGAGGGUUUCACGAAAAAUUCGGGCUAUUAUUGAUUACCAAGUAUUUCAAAUUUCCACAAUUAGUAUGAAAAUAGGCGACAAAAAAUCGACGUUAAAAAUUGAUGCCAGUACGAUAGAAUAUCUCCCUGUUGGUGAUGAUUGUCUUGCCAAAUAUGGAAGUCAUGAGAAGAAAGUUGUUGGAAAAAGUCAUCUAGAUAUUAUUCUUAAUGACUUCUCGACAUUGGUGUCUAAUCUGAAAUUCCGUCUGGAGGAAUUCACAUUUCUACUCGGCAGUUUUUGGAUAAGUGAAGUUCGAACAAACUGCUGUAAUUAUUUGAAAAAUAUCCUACGAACCUGGCGAAAUCAAAAUACUAAAAUAGUAUCUAUGAAUAGUAUUUCGAUUAAUCAAGUGAUUCCGAUUUUAUCGCAGUUCAACGCAGAAAAACUUGAAGAAUUGCAUUUGAAUAUUCUUUAUCAAAAUUGGGACUUAAUCAAUGAAGAUCUAGAAAUUGUGAAACUGGAUCAAUGGAAAAAUUGAAAGAUUUUAAGUAUCAAUAUGGAUUGCAAACUACGAAUUCCAAUUGAGACCCUGUUACAUUUUCGUCGUUUCUGUGUCAGUUUACGCCAAUUUGUGAGAGAAGAUGCCAUCAAAAUAAACAAUGUUCUAAUGAAAUCCCCUAAAUUUGAAUUUUGUCACAUUGAAUCUAUAAUCCCUCAUCCAAUGGAUUUUGCACCCAUUUUCGACAAAAACUAUGCUGGUAGAAUUCCUUUGGAGAUUGAAUUUAAAACUUUUGAUUAUCAAUUUUUUAUUCAGCUUGGAAGUCAUUUUUUAAUCAUCGAAAAAGUUAUAAACAAAUAA